GGGGGAUUCAGGCCGCGGCCUGUCAGCCGGCGAGGGAGGCGCCCACACGCCUGACUGGAUAAGAUGGCGGCCAUGGCGCCCGGGGGCAGCGGCGGCGGCGUGAACCCGUUCCUCAGCGACUCCGACGAGGACGACGACGAGGUGGCGGCGAGCGAGGAGCGGCGGGCGGGACUCCGGCUGGGCGCCGGGAGCGGCCUGGAUCCCGGCUCUGCGGACUCGCUGUCGCCCCAGGACCCCGUGGCCUUGGGCGGCGGCGCGCGGCCGGGGCUCCCGGGGGAGGCGUCGGCGGCCGCGGGGGCCCUGGGGGGCCCUGGGGAGCCCCCGGCCCGGUUGUCGAUUGACGCGAUCGCCGCUCAGCUGCUGCGCGAUCAGUACCUGCUGACAGCCCUGGAGCUGCACACCGAGCUGCUGGAGAGCGGCCGCGAGCUGCCUCGGCUGCGCGACUACUUCUCCAACCCGGGCAACUUCGAGCGGCAGAGUGGGACCCCGCCGGGGAUGGGGGCGCCGGGCAUCCCUGGAGCCGCGGGCGUCGGAGGCCUGGGAGGCCGGGAGCCCAGCACGACGUCGGGCGGGGGACAGCUCAAUCGAGCUGGGAGCAUCAGUACCCUUGAUUCUUUAGACUUUGCAAGAUACUCAGAUGAUGGUAACAGGGAAACAGAUGAGAGAGUGGCAGUCCUGGAGUUUGAACUACGGAAAGCCAAGGAGACCAUUCAGGCCCUCCGAGCCAACCUGACAAAGGCUGCAGAACAUGAAGUUCCUUUACAGGAACGAAAAAAUUACAAAUCAAGUCCUGAAAUUCAGGAGCCAAUCAAACCUCUUGAAAAGAGAGCUCUAAAUUUCUUAGUCAAUGAAUUUUUAUUGAAGAAUAACUAUAAGCUUACAUCAAUAACCUUUUCAGAUGAAAAUGAUGACCAGGAUUUUGAACUAUGGGAUGAUGUAGGAUUAAACAUUCCAAAACCUCCAGACUUACUGCAACUCUACCGAGAUUUUGGAAAUCAUCAAGUUACUGGCAAAGAUCUUGUAGAUGUGGCCAGUGGAGUAGAAGAAGAUGAAUUAGAGGCUCUUACACCAACUGUAGGCAACCUUCCUCCAACCCUUGAAACUCCUCAGACUAUAGAGAACUCCUUACUAGUACAGAAAUUAGAAGAUAAAAUUAGUUUAUUAAAUACUGAGAAAUGGUCUUUGAUGGAGCAAAUCAGAAGACUUGAAAGUGAAAUGGACUUCCUAAAAAAUGAACACUUUGCCAAUCCAGUAGUUUGUGACUCUGUUCAGCCUUCUGUGGAUCAAUCUCUUCACAAAGACUCUGAAGACACUAGACAGAAUCCAGCUAUAAAUAGUUUAGAAAAGGGAAAAAACGAGGAUAUCCAUCUUUCAAAAUCAGAUGAAGUUGAUUCCACUAUUUCUAAAGACAACUUCCCAAAUUCCUUCCCCAGGAGAGAAAGAGAAGGCGCGCCUUCUUCUCCACCAACUAAAAGUACAGUCCAUUUUGACAAGCCCAAUAGGAAAUUGUCUCCAGCUUUCCACCAAGCUCUACUCUCUUUUUGUCGAAUGUCAGCGGAUAGUCGUUUGGGAUCAGAGGUGUCUCGGAUUGCAGACAGUGAGAAGAGCGUUAUGUUAAUGCUGGGGCGCUGCCUCCCACACAUUGUUCCUAAUGUGCUGUUGGCAAAGAGAGAGGAGUUGAUCCCCCUCAUAUUGUGUACAGCUUGCCUACAUCCUGAGCCUAAAGAGAGAGAUCAACUUCUCCACAUACUUUUCAAUUUGAUCAAGAGGCCAGAUGAUGAGCAAAGGCAAAUGAUACUAACAGGCUGUGUGGCAUUUGCACGUCAUGUUGGACCAACUCGUGUAGAAGCCGAACUUUUACCACAGUGUUGGGAACAGAUUAAUCACAAAUACCCAGAAAGACGACUGCUUGUGGCAGAAUCCUGUGGCGCGUUGGCACCUUUCCUUCCUAAAGAAAUUCGUAGCUCCUUGGUUCUGUCAAUGUUGCAACAGAUGUUAAUGGAAGAUAAGGCAGAUUUGGUAAGAGAAGCUGUGAUCAAAAGCCUCGGUAUCAUUAUGGGAUACAUUGAUGAUCCAGACAAAUAUCAACAGGGUUUUGAAUUGUUGCUGUCCGCCUUGGGGGAUCCCUCAGAAAGAGUAGUUAGUGCAACACAUCAAGUGUUUUUACCAGCUUAUGCUGCCUGGACUACAGAACUCGGAAAUCUGCAGUCUCAUCUUAUACCUACAUUACUGAACAAGAUUGAAAAACUUCUCAGGGAAGGAGAACAUGGGCUGGAUGAACAUAAGCUCCACAUGUAUCUUUCUGCUUUGCAGUCCUUGAUCCCAUCUCUCUUUGCGUUAGUGCUACAGAAUGCACCUUUCUCCAGCAAAGCCAAGCUUCAUGGUGAAGUGCCACAGAUAGAAGUGACAAGGUUCCCUCGGCCUAUGUCGCCUCUUCAAGAUGUGUCUGCUAUUAUUGGAAGCCGUGAGCAAUUGGCAGUGCUGCUACAGCUUUAUGAUUACCAGCUGGAACAUGAGGGUACAACAGGCUGGGAGAGUUUACUAUGGGUUGUCAAUCAAUUGUUGCCACAACUUAUAGAAAUAGUUGGCAAAAUUAAUGUUACUUCAACUGCCUGUGUCCAUGAAUUCUCCAGAUUUUUCUGGCGCCUUUGCCGGACAUUUGGCAAAAUUUUUACAAACACUAAGGUCAAGCCUCAAUUUCAGGAGAUUUUAAGACUAUCUGAAGAAAACAUUGAUUCCUCAGCAGGAAAUGGGGUGCUCACUAAAGCUACAGUUCCCAUUUAUGCAACAGGAGUGCUCACAUGCUAUAUUCAGGAUGAAGACCGAAAACUGUUAGUUGGGUUCUUAGAAGACGUAAUGACCCUACUUUCAUUAUCUCAUGCUCCUCUUGAUAGCCUGAAGGCCUCAUUUGUGGAACUAGGUGCAAAUCCCGCCUACCAUGAGUUAUUGUUAACUGUUUUAUGGUAUGGUGUUGUCCAUACUUCAGCCCUCGUGAGGUGCACUGCUGCUAGAAUGUUUGAGCUGACUCUUCGAGGCAUGAGUGAAGCUUUAGUUGACAAGCGGGUUGCUCCGGCCCUUGUUACCUUGUCCAGUGAUCCUGAAUUCUCGGUCAGGAUUGCCACAAUUCCAGCCUUUGGCACCAUUAUGGAAACAGUUAUUCAAAGAGAGUUGCUGGAAAGAGUGAAAAUGCAGUUGGCUUCUUUCCUGGAAGAUCCUCAGUAUCAAGACCAGUAUUCUUUGCAUACGGAGAUCAUAAAAACAUUCGGUAGAGUUGGGCCUAAUGCAGAACCAAGAUUCCGAGAUGAGUUUGUCCUACCACAUUUGCAUAAGUUAGCCUUGGUGAACAACUUACAAAUUGUGGAUUCUAAAAGACUGGAUAUUGCUACCCAUCUUUUUGAAGCCUACAGUGCACUUUCCUGUUGUUUCAUUUCGGAGGAUUUAAUGGUUAAUCACUUUUUACCCGGUCUCAGAUGUUUACGGAUUGACAUGGAACAUCUUUCUCCAGAGCAUGAGGUUAUUUUAAGUUCCAUGAUAAAAGAAUGUGAACAAAAAGUAGAGAACAAGACUGUCCAAGAGCCUCAAGGCUCAAUGUCAAUUGCUGCAAGCUUAGUGAGUGAAGAUACAAAGACCAAGUUUUUGAACAAAAUGGGCCAGUUGACAACAUCAGGUGCCAUGUUGGCCAAUGUGUUUCAGAGAAAGAAGUAAAAGCAGGACAGACGCCCCCAACAAACACUAAGAUGGACCUCAAGCAGACCGGUUCCGUGUACUUGAAGUACUUACCUUUUUUAUUUCUUUGUUGUAUGUUUUUGCAUUAUAAUUUUCUCCUAACCUCCAAAGAUAUUUGCACUGCUUUUGAUUAUUGCUGUAUAUCUGUUUAUUUUGGAGUUUUAACUGUGGUGAUAAGAAAAUGAGUUGAUAGUCUGUACUCUCUUUAUGUUCUUGUCUUUCAGGAUAAUUUUAUAUAUAUAUACAUAUAUAUAUAUAUAUAGUGAAGAGUUGUGUUUUUUUUAAUUUUUGGAUGGGAUAUCAGCAAAUACCUGUAUUAUACACUACGCUAUUACAAUGGUACUUAAAAUAAUGUAAAUUUGAAGUCAUUGUUAUAAAGUAAUAAAAGUGGAGAUUACUUAAGUAUUUAAAUUAUGACGAAUAAUGCAGACUUUUUAUUGUUUCUUAACUGACUAGAAAGAGCCACCAGCAUUACUCUGUGCCUUUUGGACUUCAGUUUGUGUCUGUAGGAACUGCGUGCAUUCCAUUCACACAGUAUUGAUAAUGCUGUGAUGAAUUUGAAUUACAAACCCUACAGUAAGUAGAUAAUAAUGAAACUUUUGACAUUUCAGAGCUGUCAUGAGUAUUCUUUAAGUGCUAUUUAAAUCUCCCCGGCACUUACAUGUAUAUAAUGGAUUUACCUGAGGAAAGAUAGCACAUAAGCAUGGGGAGUGAAGUAACAAACUUGCCUGGAGUCGAUUAAAAUACUCAAAAAUAAGUGUAAGAAGAGCUAAUAAUUCUGAAUUUUUUCCCCAAAUUGAAAUACAGAAUAAAAUAUGGUUUGAAUCUGAAAUUUAACUCUUAUUUACAUCAAAUAUUUUAUUUAAGGUAUUUUCUAAUGAUUUUGAUUUCAGAGAUUACCUUUUCAUUCUGUAUGUUAUAGAGAAUUACCAAAAAGUUAAGAACAUUUAGGGGCUGCUUUUUCCCCCUCUAAACUAAAAACGACAUCGGCUGAAUUAUUGGUUAGUUUAUCAUCUUGUCGCUUAAAGUCAGUGACUGUUCCUGUGUUUGAUAUAUAUUACAUAGUCUUAAGUCAGUGUAAAGGUCCAGUGGAAUUUGACAGUCGUCUUUAGGGUAACGCAACUUGAAGUAGGAAGACAGAGGUCAUAGACAUAGAAGGGGGUGAUUGGUUUGAGGGGUUAAUGUGAGGCCUUUUUAAAAAAUGAAUAUUUUAGAUAAAGAGAAUUCUUGUUUGAGCACAGUUGAUACUCUUAAAUGAUUCUCAUGUUUGUUGUAUAAGCUGGUUUAAUAUACUUGGAACAUAGUUGGAUUACGUUCACAUCCUGGAAAGCUAGCUCACCACACAUUCAAGCUUAUGAAAUAAGUUGCCAUGAGCAAAGCCAUUUAAAAGUCCAUUCAGAAAUUAUUUCUUUUCCCUACAGUGAAAUAAUUAAUUAACUAGUCUUUCUGGAAACUGUUGGAUUUUAGGCAUUCUUGAGAAAUUGAAAGUGGCUACCUUUCAUGUCAAAUAUGUUGAUCUAUUAUAAAUAAAAUGUUUUUCCAUA